UACUAAUACAACUCAAAAUAAUUUUCGCCUCCCCUUUAAAACAAUUUCUCUCUCUUUCUUUUUUUUCGCGAAAGGCCACUGUAUUUCGCAAUGCUUAGCCGGGUUUCAAAUGAAUGUUAUGUCUGUUUGGUAAAUGAUUAAUGUGGUAAGUGGUUAAAGUGUUAAUGGCUAACGAUUCCAAUGAAAAAAACCUUAUACCACAAUCUGAACAUGGGCGGCUCUUGGGAAAAUGCCUAAAGAUACAAUGGAUGACAGCGGCAUACCCAAGGAGCUGGCUACGGUGUUCAGGAUAAUCGAAGAAGACAAGGAUCAAAUGUUGUCCUGGCUGAAGGAGUUGGUUGCCAUCCCCACUGUCUCCGCAGAAUUGAACCACCGCAAAGACAUCAUGCGCCUCAUACAGCAGACUGAAGAGAAGCUGAAGAAACACGGCGUGCACGUCACUUUGGAGCCUCUGGGCGACCAGAAGCUCUCGGACGGUAACAAGAUACCGUACCCUCCUCUGCUUCUGGCCAGUACCAAGCACGACCCAAAGCGGAAGACGCUGUGCGUGUACGGCCACUUGGACGUCCAGCCUGCGCACAAGGAAGACGGAUGGGAGACGGAACCGUUCCAGCCCGUGGAAAAGGACGGCCGCCUGUUUGGCCGCGGCACCGCGCACAACAAGGGUCCGCUGACCUCCUGCAUCUGGGCUCUGUGCGCCUACCUGCAGAGCGCCGGGAGGCCGCCCCUUAACGUCAGGAUGCUGAUCGACAGCAUGCAGGAAGUGGACUCGCAGGGCAUCGCCGCUUACCUCAAGUCGAGCAAGAAGAGUGAGCUGCUCGGCGGGAUCGACUACGUGUGCAUCUCGGACGGCGUGUGGCUGAGGCCGAAGACGCCGUGCCUCACCUACGCACUUCGGGGUAUAUGCCAUUUUCAAGUCGAAGUCACUUGCGCCGAUUCGGACCUUCAUUCUGGAGUCUACGGUGGAACAGCCAUCGAAGCGAUGCCCGACCUGAUGUACCUGCUCAACAGCUUGACCGACUCCGAGGGGCGAAUCAAGGUGCCGGGCAUCUACGACGAAGUGCUGCCCUUGACGCACCAGGAACGCAAGGUGUACGAGGCCAUCGAGUUCGACCUUGAAGCGUACAGAGAGGAGAUGGGCGUCUCCAGGCUAGCCGUUGCCGACAAGGUGGAAUUACUGAUGCGUCGGUGGCGCUAUCCUUCGCUCUCUAUCCAUGGCGUCGAAGGUGCCCACUGGUCGGCCGGCGACAAGGCUGUCAUACCGGCCCGGGUGGUGGGCAAGUUCUCUAUACGCACGGUGCCAAAUCAGAAGGUGCACAAGGUGCGCGAGUGCGUCGAGAAGCACCUGCAGGACCAGUUCACCAAGCGGGGAAGCCCCAACCAAGUCAAGGUCAUCAUGUCGCACUGUGCCGAACCUUGGUUCAUUGAUCCCAGCGGACCGAACUUUCAAGCCGCCGAGGCUGCUGUUAAACAUGGUAUGUCGGUGAUGAAUAGCUUAAUUUAG